AUGCGCUGGCUUCCUCUGGUUGCCAUGGUGAUUGCCUCCCUCUUAGCAACGACCCUCCCCUUUCCACAGAGCUUCCUGGAUGAAGACCACUCCCCUUGGCAACCACCGCCACAACAACAGCAACCACCUCCCCCAGCACCACGGCGACCACACAGCCCUAGCAACAAGACCCAGGCCGUCGCCACAAACCACAAGCAGACCAAAAACAGGACUAAAAACCCCAGGAAAUUAAGAAACCGACCCAAAACUACCCCCAGCUACCCAGUCUACACGAACAGCCUGCACCCAGGCCAAACUAAAGAUGCCUUCCCUCCAGUUUAUGGACUCCAGCCUCCCCCCCUGGAAGGCAGAAUGGGAGAGCCCAAGCUGGGCAGCGGAGGUUUGGGGAUCGAACCACUGGAGCUGGGAACGGGGGGGGAACGGCAGUUCCUGACGGAGAACCCCAGGGUCGUCCUCUCCAGCAAAAUCCCUCAGAGCCCUCCGGUUUUUUUCCCCGCCGAGGAAUUCUCCUGGGGCAGCGAGAUGGACGACAGCGAAGCGGCAGGGAGAAACGACACACGCCACAGGCGGUCAGACGCCAAGAGGGGGGAGCUGUCGGUGUGCGACUCGGUCAGCGUCUGGGUGACGGACAAAAAGACAGCGACGGACCUGCGCGGGGUGUCCGUGACCGUCCUGUCCGAGGUCCGGACCCUCACCGGCCCCCUGAAGCAGUACUUCUACGAGACGCGGUGCCGUGGGGAGCCCGGCCCGCUGUCCCGGCCCGGCUGCCGCGGGGUGGACCGCAGGCAGUGGCUGUCCGAGUGCAAGGUGAAGCAGUCCUUCGUUCGGGCGCUGACCCUCAACGAGAGAAACCUGACGGGCUGGAGGUGGGUCCGGAUCGACACGGCGUGCGUGUGCGUGCUGCUGGCCCGUACUGGAACCGCUUAGAACCCCUGGUUCUGAUUCCCAGAGAUUUUUACACAUUUGUUUUCUGUAGCUGUUUUUACUGCUAUGUUUAAAUUGGACAGUUUCUUUAUGAAGAAUAUAUUGACCAAGAGAUAGACACAGCAUGCUGGUGGUAGCAGUGGGAUACGAUUACUAGACGAAGAUAAUUAUUAUUAUAUUUAUAUAGCGCCUUUCGCAGUGGAGCACCGUCACAAAGCGCUUUACAAGAGACCAGGGUGUGUGAGCCGUGCAUCAGCUGCAGAGUCUCUUACAACAACGCCUCACCCCAAAGACGCAGCGCAAAGGGGGUUCAGCGACUCGCUCCGGGUCCCACACAGGGAGUCAGGGGCUGAGCUGCGAUUUGAACCCGGGUCCUGCUGGUUACAAACCUGUUUCUUUAACCACUGGACCACUUAGAUAGCGAGGUUGACAGUAUACUGGUGGUAAAAGUGGGAUAUUUUAGUUUGGCAGAGAUCUGAUAGAUAGAUGGAUAGAUAAUGACAGAUAUAAGGAUGCAAAUAAGACUCUCAUCUGUCCCAUAAUUCAGCUGAAAAUUCAACAACCGCCAUCUGUCUGUCUAAAUAUCCCACAUCUACCACCAGUAUGCUGCAUCUCUGGUCUGUAAAUCCAGCUAGAAAUCUCCUUCAGCCAGUGACUGUCUGUCUAAAUAUCCCACUGCUAACACUAGUGUUCUAUCUCUGUCUGUCUAAAUAUCCCACCAUUACCACCAAUAUGUUGUAACUGUUUUCUCUAUAAGAGUUUUUAUAGGAGUCUUAUUUCUGUCCUAAAAUGCUUGACAUGUCAAAAUCUGUCCAUCCUGCUCAGCUCUAAACACUAGAGCCAGCCUCCCUCCCUCCCAGUCCCUCCUCAGCUCCAUUAGAGCCCGGCUCCCUCUCC